AUGUCCGGCCUCGUCACUUCACCCACCGCCCUCCACCCCGCCCUCAGCGAUAAUACCAAACCCCACUCUCCGCUACGCCAGUCCCUGCUGUCCGACUCGGAGACACAGGUGCACGACCAAGAGGAUACGCCGCAUGCCACCCAGCUUGCCCGUGUUCACGAAACAACUCACUCACCCCAGGGCCACCGCCGCAACGCCCCUUCUCACGAGGUCCCGCGCCAGACCAUCAUGAAAGCUCUGGCCUCAUCUGUCUCCCGUCACAACAAACCCGAGGCCCUCUCACUCACCGGCAUGCUCUCCGCUCAUGACACUCACGAUAGCCGCCCCGAUAAGAACUGCUCCUCGCAACAGCUUGCCGACGCCCUCAACGACCUUGCCAAUCAAGCCAUGACGCCCACCACCGCCCUACCGACAUUGCAGUCACCAUGCUUCUACCACAACCGCUUCAACGAUGCCGUCGAUAUCGACAAGGUGCUUGAGGAGAUCAAGAAUGAUGACUCCAUGUCGCACUCUCGACUCGUUCAGACAGCCACUGGUGUCCGCGAAGUUGCCAAGCAGCUUCAGCGCCGUCCAAUCAAGCGCCACGUCCGUAAUGUCAUGAUUGUCACCAAAGCCCGCGACAACCAGCUAGUCUACCUGACCCGCGAACUCGCUUUAUGGCUCCUGCGUACCCCGCGUUACGGUUCGGAUAUUGGUGUGAACGUCUACGUCGAUGCCAAACUGCGUAAUUCGAAACGAUUCGACUCCCGCAGUAUCACUGGCGAGAAUGCCCGGUUCCAGCACAUGUUGAAGUACUGGACCCCGGACCUCUGCUGGACGCAACCGGAGAAGUUUGACCUCGUCCUCACCCUCGGCGGCGACGGCACCGUGCUUUUCACGUCGUGGCUGUUCCAGCGCAUUGUCCCCCCCGUUCUCUCCUUCAGCCUAGGCAGCCUAGGCUUCCUGACGAAUUUCGAGUUCGAGAAGUAUACGCAGCACCUGGGCCGCAUCAUGGGAGAUGAGGGCAUGCGUGUUAACUUGCGUAUGCGUUUCACAUGUACUGUGUAUCGCAGCGGCGUCAAUGGGCAGGGUCCUCAGGAGGGCGAGCAAUUCGAGGUCCUCAACGAGCUUGUGAUCGACCGCGGCCCAUCACCCUACGUCUCCAACCUCGAGCUCUAUGGCGAUGACGAACUCCUCACUGUCGUGCAGGCUGAUGGCUGCAUCUUUUCGACGCCGACUGGUUCCACUGCCUAUUCCCUCUCCGCAGGAGGCUCUCUCGUGCAUCCCGAUAUCCCCGCUAUCCUGCUCACCCCCAUCUGCCCUCACACCCUGUCUUUCCGCCCAAUGGUUCUUUCCGACACCAUGGCCCUACGGGUCUCUGUGCCCCGAAACUCCCGCGCCACAGCUUACUGUGCCUUCGACGGCAAGGGCCGUGUAGAGCUGAAGCAAGGUGACUAUGUCACAAUCACGGCCUCGCAGUACCCCCUGCCGACGGUCGUCCGCAGUCAGACCGAGUGGUUCGACAGCGUAUCCCGCACGCUACGCUGGAACACCCGAGCCGCUACGCAAAAGGGCUUCGAUUCGGGCGACGCUACGGGAACAGGCACGCCGAAUGAAGAGAUCAAGGAUGAAGCCGAGCCCGAAUGGGACAUUGAUACGGACUCGGCCUGUUAUGCCAGCGAGGACGGCAGCAUCAGCACAAGCCCGCUGAGACGACAGAUGAGCCUGCUAGGCAUGUGA